UCGCUAUCCAUAUUGUUUUCGUUGUCUCUUUCCUCAUUUUUUUAAGAAUUCUUAACUUUAUUGAAUAUUAAAAAAAUAUAAUUAUAUAUUAAUAAUAUUUCCAAUAUCUGUGAAAAUUAAAAUUAAUAUAUUAUUCCACAAACAAGCCUUCUAUCUUAGAUCUAUCCAACAGCUGAUUUAGACAUAAUAUACAAACAAGUAUCGAAGUGUACAGUUCAUCAUGUCACGUGUGAUAAACAACAAAAUGGACCAAAAAGGCAAUACAAACAUAACAGUUCAUAAAUGUAAUUACCUGUGGACUAUAAAUAAUUUUACUUUUGGUUUUCAAUCAAAAUUAAUCAAGGGGGAAGCAUUAACAUCUCCCACAUUUACUAUAGGCAAAAAUAAUAAAUUGUUAUGGAAUCUCAAACUAAAUAGAAAAGUAAUCGGUUCUGUAGCGUAUCUACCUUUAUUUAUAAAACUAGAAUCAAAUAAUAAAGAAGAUAUAAAAAUAGUACAAGCAAAAUAUAAAUUUUCUAUAAUCAAUGACAAAGAUGAAGUAUCAAUAACAUCCGAAUCAUCACAGGCUUAUAGUUUUGAACAAGAAUCAGAAAGAUGUGAAGAAUUUAUGACCGAAAUUUUCGUCUUCGAAAAAGAGAAUGGCAUACUUGCUGAUGAUAAACUCCGAAUAUUAUGUGAAGUAAGUGUAUUAGGUGGUAUUACAUGUCUAUCAAAUACAAUACAGGUACCAGAAUGUCGGAUGUCGGACGAUUUUGGUAUUCUAUUUGAAACAAAAAAAUUUAGUGAUGCAAUUUUAUCAGUUGCUGAUGGCAGGGAGGUUCAAGUACAUAAAUACAUACUAGCAGCUCGGAGUCCUGUGUUCGCUGCAAUGUUUGAACAUGAAAUGAAGGAACUUAAAGAUAAUCAUGUAAAAAUAAUUGAUGUUGAUUAUGAAAUAUUACAUGAACUGCUACAAUUUAUAUAUACAGGAAAAGUAGAAAAUUUAGAAAUCAUGGCGGAUGAACUUUUAGCAGCAGCUGAUAAAUAUGACUUACAAAGAUUAAAAUUAUUGUGUGAGAAAGAGUUAUGUGAAAAUUUAUCAACAGAGAACGCAGCAGAAAUAUUACAAUUAGCGGAUCUUCAUGGAGCUGAUCAAUUAAAAACUCAAACUAUUGAUUUUAUUAAUGCCAACCCAGAUGUGAUGGAUACCAUAGGAUGGAAACAACUGAAAGAGAAAUUUCCGCGGGUAAUUGCCGAAGUAUAUGAAGCACUUGUAACAUCCAAAAUACCUCUGAUUGGAUUGUAGAAUGUUAAAAUACCAAUGUAAUCAAUAAUCAUAUAAUUUAUAAGCAUUGUUAUGUAAUUAUCAGAAAUAAAUAUACUGUCAUUUA